GUCAACUGACCAAUCACAAGUUCAUUACGAGGGAUGCAUCAAUAAUUACAAUCUCAAAAGCCUUUCUUCUACAUUGAGCUACUGGCAGACUAGGCAACCAAGAGAAAAAUGGCUGCCGCUUUGAUCGGACAGGCUUUUAUCUCCGCUUCCAUCCAGGUGCUGUGUGACAGAAUUGCUUCAGCCGACUUCGGUGACUUAUUCCGGCAGAAGAAGCUGGAUGAACCCCUCCUCAUGAAACUGAAGAUGACGCUGCUCACGCUUUCUGCAGUCCUCGAUGAUGCGGAAGAGAAGCAAAUUUCAAACCAUGCUGUGAGAGAAUGGCUCGACGAGCUCAAACAUGCUGUCUUGGACGCGGAGGACUUGCUGGAUGAGAUCGACACUGAAGCUUUGCGAUGCAAGGUGGAAGGUGAAGGUCAAACCGAGAAAUUCACCAACAAGGUGUGGAACUUCUUCUCUACUUCUCGUAGUCAUUUUUAUCAAAGCAUGAAUGUUGAGAUACAAGGGUUAUUACGAAGGCUGGAUGACUUUGUGCAACAGAAAGUUGCCCUUGGUCUGACAGAAGUUGUUGCGAGGAAGGUUUCACAAAGAACUCCAACAACUUCCUUGAUUCAUGAACCUUUUGUAUAUGGAAGAGACGAAGAUAAAGAAAAUUUAUCAAAAGUCUUGUUCUCUGAUGAUGCGAGCGACGAUGAUGUAUCUAUCGUCACCAUUGUUGGUAUGGGCGGGGUUGGCAAGACGACCCUUGCUCGAGCCCUUUACAACGAUGAUAAGGUGAACGAGCACUUUACCCUUAAAUCUUGGGCAUGUGUUUCAGAAGAUUAUGAUGUUAUUAGGGUGACUAAAACUCUUCUCGAGUCGGUCACUUCAAAACCUUGUAAGAUGGCUGAUUUGAAUUUGCUUCAAGUUGAACUUAGAGAACAGCUGAGGGGAAAGAAAUUCUUAUUUGUGUUGGAUGACCUUUGGAAUGACAACUAUUCUGAAUUGAAGCGCCUGCAGGCUCCUUUUACUUCCGGGGCAAGGGGAAGUAAAGUCAUCGUGACAACACGAAGCGGAAAGGUCGCAUCUCACAUGAAUAAUGUUCCCAUUCAACACUUGGAGCCUUUGUCGCACGAAGAUUGUUGGAUGUUACUUGCAAACCAUGCAUUUGGAAACAAAAACCACAAUGCACAUCCAACUUUGGAAGAAAUUGGCAAGAAAAUUGCACGCAAGUGCAAUGGGUUGCCUUUAGCAGCAGAAACACUCGGGGGUCUAUUACGCUGCCAGAGAGACUUCAAGGAAUGGAAUAAAUUAUUAAAUAGUAGACUUUGGGAGCUACCUGAUGAUGAAAGUGGUACCCUUCCAGCCCUGCGGUUGAGCUAUCAUUAUCUCCCUGCUCAGUUCAAACGGUGCUUUGUGUACUGUUCACUACUUCCAAAAGACUUUUUUUUCAAGAAGGAAGAUAUGGUUCUACUUUGGAUGGCCGAAGGUUUAAUUCCACAAGGUUUAAAUGGGCAAAGAAUGGAAGAGACGGCUAGAAGUUACUUUGACGAACUGGUAUCACGAUCACUACUUCAUAAAUCAGGGGAGCAUGGUUUCACAAUGCAUGAUCUUCUUAACGACUUGGGUCAGUUCAUGUCUAGGGGAUUUUUUCUCAGGUUGGAAGAGAGGGAAUCACAAGAAGUUAAAAGACUUCGUCAUUUGUCAUAUGCUAGGGGAGAAAUUGAUGCUGCUAAAAAAUUUGAGCCAUUAAAUGGGGCAAAGUGUCUGCGGACCUUCCUACCUAUCUUAUUAUAUGACUCGUUCUUCCACAUAAGUAAAAAGUUCCUACAAGAUUUGUUGCCAUCCCUGAAACGUUUACGGGUUUUAUCAUUGUCGCGUUAUCAAAAUGUUGCUGAAGUACCUGAUUCUGUGGGCAAUCUCAUUCACCUGCGCUACCUGGAUCUCUCCCGGACGGCAAUUGUAAGCUUACCUGGUGCAGUUUGCACUCUCUACAAUUUGCAGACGUUGCUGUUGUCAUAUUGUCGUGCUCUCAUUGAACUGCCAGCAGACAUGACAAAAUUGAUAAAUUUACGGACAUUAACGUUGGCAGGUUGCUGGUCCCUUACUAAAUUACCAGCAGAUAUGAGGGAAUUGAGUAGUUUGCAUUACCUCGAUGUCAGUGGAACAAAAAUACAAGGGAUGCCAGUGGAAAUUGGAAGACUAAAAAGUUUGAGAACAUUAACUGAUUUCGUUGUGGGGAAAUCUACCGGGUCUAGCAUUGGAGAAUUAAGGGAGUUGCAGCAUCUUCAAGGAAGACUUCGUAUUUCAAAGUUGCACAAUGGAGUUCAUGUUGUGGAUGCAUUGGAAGCCAAUUUGAAGGAUAAGAAAGAAAUCAAGGACUUAGAGUUGGCAUGGGAUGUGGAGGAAGCCGAUGAUUCCCAAAAGGAGAGAGAUGUGCUUGACAAGCUCCAACCUUCUGCAAAUUUGGAGAAACUGACUAUCAGAUUCUAUGGAGGGUUCAGCUUCCCAAAUUGGUUAGGAAACUCUAAUUCCUUCUCGAACAUACAGUUCAUGUGUAUCAGUGAUUGUAAGUAUUGUUUGUCCUUGCCAAGUUUUGGGCAGCUGCCCACUCUUAAAGAGCUACGCAUCGAAAGGAUGAAUUUUGUUACGAAAGUUGGUGAUGAAUUCUAUGUUGAUCUUAAUGGAGCUUCUGUAAUUCAGCCAUUUCGGUCUCUGAAGACGCUAGAGUUUGAGGAGAUGCCAGAGUGGGAGGAUUGGCUACCGAGUCCAAGUGGAGGUCAAUGUUCAGACUUUCCUUGUCUCCAAGAGCUGAUAAUAAGGAAAUGUCCGAAGCUGAGAGGAUACUUGCCCAAUCGUCUUGCAUGCUUGAAAACACUUAGGGUGUAUAGGUGUGAAUAUCUACAUCUGCAUGAUGAAUGGGCCAGUAUUAACAUGGACUACUUACAGAAUUCAUUGGAAAUAGAUAUUGGAGGAUGCCCAGGUCUGUUACCAUUAAUAGAGAGAGUAGAGAAGAAGUUCUUGUCCACACUUGGAAUUUCUAAUUUUGAUGCAAUACAGUGCCUGCCCAAAAUGAAAUGUCUUCGAAGUUUGGAUCUCUGGAAUUGCCCAACCGUGUCGUCAUUAGAGUUCUUAUCUCAUGAGAUGAUGGCCGAAUUGUCGUCACUUGAGAAUUUGGCGAUAAUCACGAGUUUUCAUUCAGUGAGGUCCUUCCCGUUGGGCGUUUUCCCCAAACUUUCAUCUCUUUCAAUCAGUGGUUGUGAGAAUCUGGAAUCCUUUUCUAUUGAAGGAGUUGAUCAGAACCUAAGCCAUCUCAAUCGGCUAGAAAUCCGCAACUGUCCAAAUCUGGCGUCUUUCCCGGACGGAGGAUUGCCCACUCCCAACUUGAGACAAUUGUCAGUCUGGGGAUGCAAGAAUUUGAAGUCGUUCCCCGUACGAAUUCGCACCCUCACCGCCCUUGAAGGAUUGGGAUUAGACGAUCUUCCAAAUCUUGUAUCAUUUGCCCAAGGGGGUUUGCCUCCCAACCUGCAAUAUUUUAGGGUUACACGUUGCGACAAAGUGAAGCCUUCAGUGGAGUGGGGAUUACAAGUACUUGUCUCCCUUAAACGAUUUACAAUUGCUGGCGAGAUCUGGGCACCGUUGCUCAAGGAACAGCUGCUCCCUACUUCUCUUCAAGAGCUAACUAUUGACGAUUGCCCAAGUCUGGAAUUCCUGCCACGAGAGGGACUUCAACACCUCACUUCUCUUCAAUAUCUAAAUAUUUAUCGUUGCCCAAGUCUGGAAUUCCUUCCAGCAGAGGGACUUCUACACCUCACUUCUCUUCAAUAUCUAACUAUUGAAGAUUGUCCAAAACUCCAAUUCCUGCCAGAAAACGGUUUGCCGCCAUCUCUUUCUUCCCUGAAGAUCUACUCUUGUUCCGCCCUGGAGAAAAGGUAUGAGGAUAAGAUGGGAGAAGAUUGGGCCAAGAUAUCUCACAUUCCUUUAAUAAAGAUAGGCAAACAAGUCAUCAUAUCUGUAUGAGCUCUGUCUCUCUCAUACAAAGUUGUUCUUUUCGGCAUUUGACUCUCAGCAAAGAAGACACAUAUUGAUCAACAUAAUAAAAACCAUCAAUUCUGCUUAUUUUGGUCUGCAGAAGCCUACACAAACUUGCAUCCACACUUUCCUCCUCCUCCAUUGGCAGGCUGUCUCGUUUUCCUUAUUCAGAUAAAUCUUUCGAGGACAGACUCAUUUAUGGCCUUUGUGGAUGCGGCAGCGAGCUAACUGUGGUGUGGAACUGUAAACUAGAAUUACCCAAGGGAACAGAUGCUAGCUUGCAUCAAUUACUGGGCCUGUCUGGCAAGAGUAAACAGCCGUGGCAUGCUUUUAUAGUUUUCUUCCGAUGUCCUAGUAAUCUUCACGCUGGUGCAAGAGAUAUAUCAUAGUCCUUAUUGUGGAACUUAAGAGGCGAUUGUCUGAGGCAACGGAUGUUAGCUCACAUCAAUUUCCUAAGCAUUUUUGGCUUGAAGAUGAUGCACCUCUAAAGGAAGAUGAUGGAACCCCAGGAUGAUAUAUUUCUUUGUCAUAUGGGCGUGGUUUGAAUACGGUGGCCUGAUAUCUCAUCUUCUUUCAAUGCCAUUAUCAUCUUCAAGUUGGUGUAUCUACGCUUUUCCUUACAAAUGUAAACUGGGGAGUUUGUUGAGCUGAUAUGUAAGUAAAGCAAAAGCAUCCGAGAUGGCAUUCAUGUUGAAUAGCUAUCACAAGAAGCAGGCAUUUCAAAAUUUCAUAUGUAGUAGGAGUGUGAGAAAACAGAUGGGGAAGCCUAACAUGGGUGGCACAAACUCGCAUCUGUACUUCCCUCCUUCCGCGUUGGCAGGUUGUCUCAUUUUCUUGAUCCCAGGACCAUCUUAAAGCUUGCGUAGAUAUGUUAUAUGCUCUUGUAGAUCUGGCUAUAAAUUUGCAGCAACAAUGGAAAGCUGCACGUAAUUAGAUCUUAUAGCAGAAGAUGUGGAGGUGUGCUUUUUGACGUUUCUCUUCCUUUCGUUUUUUUUCUUCAUCAUCAGCAUAACGAGAUAGCGAACAAGAAAAAAAUGAAAAGUUGUGAGAAUAAAACUUCAUAUGAUUGAAUGUUCUCCAUUUUUUUUCUUUUUAAAAGUCCUUAAAACUAAUAGACACUGUGAUCCUUUCGUCCACCAAAGAAUAGAGGGAAUGCAUGUGAAAGCCGGAGCUGAAUUUUUAUGCCAUUGACCUGUCCUUGGAGCACUCGGGAAACUGGAAAUUUCAUUUCAGAAGCGCCUCAGUUGGAAGCUCCAUGUACUACCCAUUUUCUCUUUAACAAAUCCACCUCAUUUAUCUUCCCCUUAUCCAAUCCGUACACAUGCAAGCUUUUGAUGCGCCCAACAAAAAAAACAAA